AGGUCAUAAAAAUCCUUAAAUAAAAAAAAGUUGAGAGCACUGAUUGUCAGAUUUGUCUGAUGUCAAGCAAUGACAAGCAUUGAAGCAACAGCAGUAAAAAGUUGAAGCGAUAAAUUAUCAAGCAAGCAAAUUAAGCAUUUGUCGCCUGGUUGAUUGAAUUUAAUAUAUAACUAUGGCCGAAGAUCUACGAAAUUAUACCUUACAAUUGCAACAGGUGGAGGCAGCGUUAUUAACGGAUCCACAUAACGAAGAACUUUUGAAGUUAAAGGCUGAUUUAGAAGAAGUAAUUGAAUUGACACAAGAUUUAAUUAAGACUCAAGACGGUGAUUCAAAAGUCUCUAAUAUUCAUGGUUCUAGUAAUAGUGAUGAUGUUACAGCGUCCCUGUUGGCUGCAGAGGAACGAGAUCCUGCAACUAGGCACUAUUCUAAAUGGAUUAUUGGCGAAAAAUGUUUGGCAAAAUGGAGAGCUGAUGGAAUGUUUUAUGAGGCUCUCAUUGAGGAGGUGCUAGAAGACAAUUUAAAAGUAAAAUUUGAUGGAUACACAACCUUGGAAGUAGUCUCAUUGACUGAUAUAAAGCCUUUAAAUUCAGGAAGUAAAAGACCACAUAGUACUGAUGAGAGCAAACAUGGCAAAGGGUAUAACAGAGAGUAUUUAAAGAAAAAAAAACAGAAGAAACAACAAAGAUUCAAACAGAUUGAAGAAGAACGAGAAUCUGAGAAGAAUAAGUGGUUAUCAUUUCAUACUAAGGCUUCUAAAAAACCUGGUGUCAGAACAAAAAGUAUAUUUGCUUCUCCUGAUAAUCUGACAGGGAGAGUAGGAAUUGGUACUUGUGGUAUAUCAGGUAAACCAAUGACUGAGUAUACACCUGGCGAAAAGUGGAAGAAAGGAGGAUAAAAGCUUCAAAAUAAUUAUAAUUGUAUCAUUGUUUAGUUUUAAUAGUCAACAUAUAGAAAAUGGCAGAAUAUCGUUAAACUUCAUCAAAACAUUUAUUUACUAGUGCAAAGGUUCAAAUCUGGCCAGAGGCUGAACAUAAAUAAUAUUGAAAACAUAUUUCCGGGACUAUUCUUCAUUUAUGAAUGCACAGAUAAAUAAACUUUAUUGUUAAUUUUGCUGUAACUCUUUACAUUAAUUUAUUUCAUCUAAUGAAAUUAUCAGUAUGGGUCUCCCGAAAUAUUUAUACCAUAACAUGGCUUUAGAUUUUUAAUGCAGAAAAUGAGAGCUCAUGUUCUACCGAUUUUUUUAAAAUAAUUGAGCAAUAAGUUAUAGUCUAGAUUCCAGAGGAUUAUACGGCAAGGUAAAAGCAUAAAAUUAUUAUUUAUCUCAAUAGUGGCCCUUAAGACCAGCCUUAGCAACUAUCAUUUACAAUAUUUUCUCAAUGAAACAAUGAUGAAAUAUCCUAUUUGUCUGAUUUGAUAUAGAAUAUAGUCACUUGAAGAGGAAAACGUCUUAUCUUGAAAAAAUAUUGCUGAUGAUACCCUAAGCCUGUAUAUAGUUAAGGUAGUCAAUAAUCGGAGGUGACUUACAACGAAAGAUCUAAAGUACUAGAUUGUGUCGUAAUCAGUGGUAGGGUUGGGAUCGCAUAUUUUUUUCUCUUGUGUUAAUACUGCAAUUUUCUGUAAAUGUUUUACAGUACCAACCUAUUGUAUUAUAUGAGCUCUGUUAUUGUCUAACGAUAUUUUGUCGAACUUUUAGACAGGGUGUAAGGAAACGGCUCUUGAAGUUGAACCGGUAUAAAUUACUUGUUUCUUAACAUAAAUGAAGAAUAAAAAAACUUGGCUAAUUACAAAAUAUAAUUAUUGUAAAUACUGCACAAUAUAGAACUAAUGUGUUCUUGGUAAUUGCGUUGAGCCACUCAUAGAAUGUUGAUGGUUGCCGACGCCGGGUGCCUAUAAUAUAUGUAAACUAUAAGAUAUAUACCUUUUUUUAUUUAUUGCUUAGGUUGGUGGACGAGUUUACGGCCCACCUGGUGUUAAGCGGUUACCGGAGCCCAUAGACAUAUACAUCGUAAAUGUGACACCCACCUUGAGAUAUAAAUUCUAAGGUCUCAGUAUAGUUACAACGAUUGCCCCACCCUUCAAACCGAAACGCAUUACUGCUUCACGGCAGAAAUAGGCAGGUGGUGGUACCUACCCGCGCGGACUCACAAGAGGUCCUACCACCAGUAAUUAUGCAAAUUAUAAUUUAGCGGAUUUUAUUUUUAUUACACGAUGUUAUUCUUUCACAGUGAAAGUCAAUCGUGAAUAUUGUUGAGUACGUAUUUCAUUAGAAAAAUUGGUACCCGCCUGAGAUUGCACCGGUAUUCGACCGGUGCAUCGCUCAACACGAAUGCACCGGACGUCUUAUCCUUUACGCCACGACGACUUCUAAUGUGUUGUGAUUGGUAUUACAAAAGUGCUACAAUAAUAUUAAAGGUUUUAUUUAAUUUAGUUUUUUAAAAGGUAAACGAGCAUAUGGCUAAUACUAUUGGAAGUUGUCAUUGUGGCAUGGACAUCAGCAAUGCUUGGGGCAUAUCUAAGUUGCUGCCCGUAUAUAAAUAAAAAUUUAAUACAAAUAUAUCUUAAAGCGAAUGAAAAAAAAAACAAGAAUGCUAUAAAGUUUUUCGAAUCAGUUUUUUUGUGUUAUAGUGUUAAGAAUCGCUUGCAUCCCAUCUGUGGCCCGGAGCUGUUCCCUCACACCUUGUGAUUAUAUAUGUUUGUAGUUUUGUAAAGGCCUAACUCACAAAGGUCAAUAACAGUUAAUGUGAGAUAAUUCCUUAUAGGAAUCCAUUUAACUGUAAAACGACAAACUUUGGUUUUACAGCUUAAUCACCACAUGCCAUUGUCGUUGUGUAACAGGUGAUUAAGUAAACGAUGUUUACGAAUAAGCCGGUCAUAAAUCAGUUAUGUGCGUGUCGAAUAUGACAGUAAUACGCGUGUUUAUUGAACUGGUAAAGCGGAAAUAAAGUUUACAUUUUACACAA